UUCAUUUUUCCUGAAGCAUGCCCUUUUUUUUUAGUUUUAGCUGAUACAUGAAAAUGACUUUUCCUGUUUUUAUUUUGUCUCCACAUGUUACAUAGAUUUAUCUGUAUCAAAUUAACUGCUGUUUUACAUACAAAAAUGUUUACUUCAGUUUUGCUCAUAUACUGUACUGUCCGUUUUUUGGGGAGCUUUCCCUUCUCCAGAACAAGGGUCUAAGGACCCCGACGCAAAAUGUUUGAUUCUUGAUAUUGGGUUAUAUUUAAAAAAUGGCCUUGAUUUGAUCUGCACAGGCAGAACGUACAUGGAAGCCCGUUUUAUCUCACUUCAUCUCACUUCCACUUCAUUUUAUUUUUCGUCACCUACACAGCUUCACUUUGUCUUGUGUUUUUCUGGCUGAAAUAAUCUCAUUUUUCUUUGCUUUCUUUUUGUGCUUUCCCGUUCUUUUUGCACUCACACACACACACACAGCUGAUAAAACAUAAACGUGAGAGAAAAUCAAUAAAUGCAAACUUUGCUGGUGAAACAAAUUUACUUUACCUUCCUUCAAAUGUUUCCUUUUUGGGGCCAAAAACAUAUUCUGAAAAAUUUCAAACACAUAAUGAAAGCCCUGACCUUUCGGGAAGAAAUCAGGCAAUGUGGCGCUUUCAGUCCCCCCUUUGCCAACGCUGAAUUACUGUGCAUUUCCUCAUUUGCAGUAAGUUCACUGACACAGGUCAUGUAGCUGUACAAUAGCGUCAGGCUGAAUACUGAGACACUGCUGGACAUGGAGCAUUUUACCCACCACUGAAUCACCACUAAAGGCAAAUAUGGGGGAGAAUGUUGACGUCAAGGCUCUGAGGGCCCGGUUCAACAGCAAAGCCAGCACAUCAGACACCAGCAGCCGAGACAGUGGCUCCCCGAAAUCUCCACGGCCUGGGUUUGGGAGAGCGAUCCUGCCUGUGACAGAGAACAAUCCUGCACACCACAGACUUUCUCCCACUGUUCCUCUUCCUUUGACUGUCCCGGGCCCGGUGAGGUUCCCAAGGGCAGAGCCGAUGGCUGCCUCUAUAUCUUCCAGACCUCCCUCCUUCCCUCGACAGCCUCCCAGUUCUGGAGUCAGAGCACCCAUCCAGCCGGUAGACACCAGCAUGGUGAAGCAGACGGGGGAGAUGCUACAGAACGUGAUGUUGAGGCACCAGAGGCCCCCGGGCACCAAACCAGCCCCGGCUCUGGCUCCAGCUCAGGCCCCUGCACCAGCUCCCCUCCUUCCCACUACCCCUCUACCGCUUCGACAGCAGUGCAGACAGAGGAGCGCAGGGGAAGUGACCCCCCUGAGGAAGCCCCUGUCCCCUGAAGGACCCCUGCCCUUGAAACCAAAACGUCCUCCAUAUGUCAACCUCGAGCCCUUUAUUAGGUUCAACCGAGGACAUGCACUUCCUGCUCCGAGGAAAAGUGAUGCAGGUUCCCCAGGUUCAGUGGGCAGAAAAAUGUCUGUAACCGGAGUAAUCAGUCCUCCGAAACCGCCCCAGCGAUCCAACAAACCACGCAGGCUGCCGCGCCAGAUCGCCUCUGUAGACAUCGAUGAUAACCAGGACACUUAUGAUGACAUCGCAAGUUUCGAGAAGAAUGGGUCCUGGAGUGAAAACAGUUCACAGUGUAUGGACAGGGACAAUGAUGAUGAUGAUGAUGAUGUAUAUGAGUUUAUUGAUGGGGACCAGGAUGAGGUGAACCAGCUAAAUGCUGAGAAGAUAAACAAGAAAGAAGCAAAUAAGCGACAGGAACAGGAGAAGAAAGAGCAGAUGGCGCGACAGAAAAAAGCGAACGAGUUGAGGAGGAACUUUCAGUUGCAAGGGGAGGUGGAGGUUAUUCAAACCGCAAAAGUCCGACACGAUUGGCACGGAGGAGGAAAACUGGACCUCAGUGUACAACAAGGCGAGAGUGUGGACAUCAUUCGAGUGAAGAAUAACCCAGGAGGCAAAUGGUUGGCUCGUUCUCUGAACGGAAACUAUGGAUACAUCAGCAACACAUGUGUGGACAUUGACUAUGAAGCUGUGAAGCGCAAAGUGCUCCAGUCCAAAAAAAUGGACACAUCACUGUUACCUCCACCACCUCCAGACCCCCCACAGCUGUUAAACAUGGAUUCCAGUAACAGAGACAGCCUGUUUCAAGAUGACGAUGACUAUGAUGACGUUCAACCAAUAACUGAAGAUUUCCCGCCACCACCACCAGAAAUCAGAAUAGAUCCCAAAGUGGAGAAGGAGCUAAGAAAAAAAUUCAAGUAUGAAGGGCCACUCAGGGUGCUGCACACCAUGAUGGUGGAUCCUAACAGCAUUAUAAAGAAGCCAGGAGGGAAGGAUCUGCAUGUGUCUCAGGGAGAAGUCGUGGACAUCAUCCAACUCACCAGCAGCAAGAAAGCUCUGUGUCGCAACAGGUUUGGAAAAUACGGUUAUGUGUCCAGAUCUCUUCUUCUUCCAUUGGAAGGUGACAUUUACGACGAUGUUGACUACACAAGCGACAUCUACGACAACGACUCUCCACACACUGAUUUUUAAAACACGCCAAACUAAACAACACACACAGACACACACACACACACACACACACACACACACACACACACACACACACACACACACACACACACACUCACAGUAAGACACACCGAGAAAGAAGCAAACUAUAUGAACUAUAACUUUACAAAACUGGAUUCCAAAAACUGCAAAUAAAGUGAUGACAGAGAUACAUUUUGAUACAAAUGCUUUAUUUGAAUCCAAAAUUGCAGUUGUCAUGCUCUCAAACAAACAAACUAGUCUGUAAUUAAAACUAAUUAAAACUACAUAACUAUAUAAAGCCACAAAACCUGAUCCAUGUGGAUACACACAUCCAUAGCCUGUGCUGAGACCUGUCAUCAUUGCAUUGUUUGUCAAUCUGCUUGUACAGAAAAUGAGUACACUAUUGCUGUAGCUUUGUUUAUUGCAUGACCUAUGAGAUAACAUAUUUGUUUCUGGUAAUUGUGUCCCACUUUGAAUUGAAGUCAAUUUUUCUUGUGUGUUUUU